AACCCCACCACUAACGACCAUCAUUGCCAUCUCAUGCAGGACACGCUCGUAAUUCAAUUAUUUAACCACAGCGAAUGUGAUUGCAUUCGAUAAGGGAAAGCGAUUCGCGCGCACGCCAAGAACUCCCCGACCGCACGGUGCACGGUGCAAGGACCGUGCCAGACAGUGGCCAGAACCACCAUGACGCUCGCCACGAAAGGAUUCGCACUGCACCGGAAAGUGCGCCAACGCUUCCAAUCGAAGAUGGUUGACGACGAACGGGAUACCUUCCUGCGUGGUGCGCGGCCCUUCAUCAUACUCGGACAGCUGUUUGGCAUUUUUCCCAUUUACGGCAUCACGGCAAACGAACCGACCCGGCUCCGGCUAAAGUGGUUCUCGGUACGCGUCAUCCUCAAUCUUACCGUCGUGGUGACGGCCCUGGUGCAGGCCUACUAUGAGUACGGACGGCUCAAGAUGAUCGGCAUCAAUGCGAAGAACGUUAGCGGGUUGAUUUUCUAUCUCGACGCCUGUCUGAUUAAUGUGCUGUUCCUCAACUUGGCCACCAAAUGGCGUACGGUGGCGGCCAAAUGGGGCGAGGUGGAUGAAACGUUUAACCGUGCCCCGUACCAGAUGGUUGGCUGUUGGAGUUUGCGGAAGCGAUUGUGCGUUAUUUCGUUUUCCUUGGUUUUCCUAGCCGCCGUGGAGCAUUGUCUGUCGGUGCUUAGUGGGAUACACAAUCAGUACGCUGAGGUACAGUAUUGCAAUUGGACGGUUACGAACUACUUCCGGCACUAUUCGUUGAGACGCUUUGCGAACGUUUAUAUAAACUAUCCAUAUCAUCCUCUGAGCGCGGUGUUCUUCACGUAUGUGUCUUUCGCACUGACCAUGUACUGGAACUAUCAGGACAUCUUUAUCAUUAUGCUAAGCAUCGCUUUGGCGACCCGAUUCCAGCAGAUCAACAACCACCUGAAGAUACUGUCGGACGGCGUUCUGAUACCGGGUGAAGACUUUUGGAUACGUGUUCGCACGAACUAUGUGUCGGUGUGCGAGCUGCUGGACGAUGUCGAUCGCGUCAUCUCGUGGACGAUGCUGAUCUCUUGCGCCACCAACCUAUACUACAUCUGUCUCCAGAUACUGCACGUCUCCAAGAAGCUGGCUAACACGAUCGAGGAUGCUUACUAUUGGUUUUCGCUGGUGUUUCUGAUCGUACGCACUGUGAUCGUGUUCCUGUCGGCGGCCCACAUACACGACUGUGCCAAGAAGCCGUUGGAGAUCAUUAUGAAAAUUCCCAACGUUGGUUGGUGCGUUGAGCUUGAACGAUUCUCGACACAACUGAAAAGCGAAAAGGUAGCCCUCUCGGGAAUGGGAUUUUUCAGUCUCACGCGUCAACUGCUGUUUUCGAUGGCUGGCACUAUUGUGACGUACGAGUUGGUGAUGCUAAAGUUUGACGAAGAAUCCGAAAGCAAGGGCAACAUUCCACUGUGCACCAAGUUUGCGUUCGAAAAGUUAUGAAUUAAAUCGAAUAAAAUCUUUCAAAACUAUCGUUCAACGCGUUGGAAAGCAGCGCGUUGAUUGAUUUGUUGUAUACCGAGUUCAUUAGUGUCGAUUGGAAGAUGUG